UCUGCUUCCGGCUCGUCCUGCGAAGAUGACGAAGAUGGCCGCCGCGUUGAGAUCAGGAAGCACAAGAACAGCUUGUACGCGUCUUCCUCCACCCGUGCUCCUUCAGUAGAUCGAGGAAAAGAGUUAAACUCGACGGACGGAGCAGUGGUGGACUGCGUAGCCCUGGUCCAUCUGACAGAUCAAUCACCCACCGAGUCUAAUCAACCGGUGCGUCAUCCAUCACCCUAUUACUACGGCGACCUGUUCAAGGUACCGGAGCAAAUAAGCAAGUCACAGCCGAACAGGUACAGAAAAAGCGUUAGUCUCGACGUACCGGGUGAGCGAUCGCGAACACCCGGUAUACCGAAGAGAAACUCGGUGGCGGGUGAUGGGGGUUCCUAUUCAUCUCAGCAACAACAAAAACAGCAGCAGCAGCAGCAGCAGCCACAGCAUUAUCAGCAGCAGCUACAGCUACAACAGCAUCCGUUACAACCGCAACAACAUUAUCAAAGUCAGGAUCUAGUGAGCCCCACGUCGGGGAGCGAGCAUGCUGUCCCAGCCAGAAACGAGAUCCUCUCGUCGUGCAUCAUCACCGAGUGGGAUCACACCCUCAUGCCUCCUCAUAGAUUGCUAAGCCAUGACCUGCCGACAACGGUCUGUACUUGCGUCGCAUCGGCUGAAGAAGAGGAGGAUGAGCUAGAUCAACGACAGCCGCAACUAACGCGGCACCAAGUGCGCAAGCUACGUCGUACACGAAGGAUAGACCCGCAGCCGAUACUCGUCGAGGACGAGGACGACGUGGAGGGAGAGGACGAGGGUGAGGAAGAGGAGGAGGAGGACGUGGAGGUGGAGGAAGACGAGGAAGAGAUGGCUAGGCAGCGGCACCUCUACGAGACGGCCUUCGACUGCAAGGUCAACCGCUCUGACGAUGACCUCGAUGAUCUCGAUCGGGUUACCAAUCAUCCCGUCUUACAUUCGCAAAUAAGAAGCAGCAGCGCGAUACCGGUAAGCAGAACGAGCUCAUCGACGGAUACGUCUAAGCAGCAGCAACAGCAGCAGCAGCAGCAACAGCAGCAGCAAGUCCCAUACGCUGGUCAGUCCCACAGCAGCAAAGAUCGACGCAAAGUCGUACUUCUCCGCCCAAAACCGAUUCCGAGCCGGCUUCAGCAGCAGCAGCAGCAGCAGCAACAGCAACAGCAGCAAUCAGACAAUAUUUGUACUUUGUCCCAGGACAUCGAAUCCCUCCAGAUCAAUUCGAGCGACGAGAAGACCGGGUCGCCCAGGCUACCCGCCAGAGGUUACACUCCGUCGCCUCCAUCCACGGCACCGUUGCCGGCCAAGUUCCACGGCAAUCGCGACCACUUGCUGUUGAACAUUCGCAGCACACCGAACUUACCCUGUCAGCCGGACCAUCCGCGUCUCAAGGACCUGAGAUUGCCAGUGAAGUCCUCACUGAGGGCGAAAGACUCGCCGCAGAGCAGCGAGGGCAGUAUCCUCGAGAUCAAAGGUAGACCAAAAAGUUUUGCUCAAGACAGUGUGGAAUCGUCGCAGGGCCGACGCUUCGACAAGGAGCUGAUCCUAGAGUUCAAGGGCAGGCCGAGGGAGGAGAGACAGCGACCACGAAGCUUGAUCCGCGAGAGCAAGCCUAUCAUGGAGUUCAAGGGCAGGCCUCACGAGGCUGAGAGCGAUCUGUUGCGACCUCGCAGAGAGGUAGGUCUGUUGGAAUUCAAAUUGCGGACCAGUAGACGCAGACCUGGCUACUCUAGCACGGAGAGCAUGGCUACCAGUAGCAGCGGUGGCAGCAUGGAGUCUCUUCGCAGCAGCACCAGCGAGGGUAACAGGUCUACCAGUAGCUCUGAGAGCCGUCAUAGUACCAGCCUCAGCUCUCACAGCUCUGACAGCGGCAGCACCAACUGUUACCAUCAUCAUCAGCAGCCUUCGAUGACCGGUUUCCUCACUCAUCACGCGACCAAGCUGCAUAUACUCUCUCCUAUCUCUGAUAAAUCGUCCCAGGAGCCUGCGUCCGAGACCUCGGAUAACAAUCGCAACAACAACUCCCAGGCCUCUCCGGAGGAGAACGUGACUACGGAGAACAACCUGACCGCGUCGAAUAACACGAACACGAACACGAACACGGCCAACACGAACACGAAUUCCGUGACCUCGCCCAUGGACACGUCGUUCAAGAAGAGGCGCACGCCGCAGAACAAGAAUCUCAUUAAUUUGGCCCUGCAGUCCUCGUCGUCGGGCGAUGCGGAGAUCCAAGGGUCGGACAGCGGCAUCUCGAUCGAGUCGCGAGCCGGGAUCAAGUGCAAGCCGUUCGGCUUCCACUUGUUGAAGCCGCAGCUGGAUAACAUCAAUCUUGUCGACAACGAGCCGGAGCUGUCCGAUCUGCCUUUUGACAUGCCAAAGUUGAGAAGGAGGCGAUUACUUAUGCAACAGGACGCCACCACGUCUGGCAGCGCGACCAGCGUGGAUCUCAGGGACCUGCCGUUCGACAUGCCGAAACUGAGAAGAAGGCUGAGAUGCAUGCAGAGCACGGAAUCCAGCGGAUCGCAGGCCUCCUCCAGUCUUUCCGUGCGAGACGUCGAGCCUCCUGCUUUAUUCGGCGGCGGUCUGGCGCGGCCGAAGAUGACACUGAAUCUGGACGCUGGAAACGGGGCGAACAACAGCGGGAACACCGGUCAGCUAGCCCCGAAAAAACCAGGGGGUCUGAGCCUAGGAUUGCCACUGGAGAUUAGCACCGCCCGCGGAUCCGCCGAUCUCGUUGACGUCGAGCUCCCUCUGGAAAGACAAGGGUGGUACCAUGGAUCCAUUACAAGAAUCGAGGCGGAAGCUGUCCUGAGACUCCUGAGAGAAGGAAGUUACUUGGUGAGGAACAGCGAAUCAACCAAACAAGAUUAUUCCUUAUCCCUGAAAAGUGCCCGUGGUUUCAUGCAUAUGCGCAUCCAAAAGAACGAAGAACUGAACGCGUACAUUCUGGGUCAGUUCAGCAAACCGUUCGACAGCAUCCCGGAAAUGGUUCGUCACUUCAGCGUGAACCGUCUUCCGAUACGUGGCGCCGAACACAUGUGUCUUCUGCAUCCAGUCAUAGCUCAGCUUUUGUAGCGCAUCUAUCGUAGCGCCGUUUAAGGUGCUUCCCAUUUUUUGAUAUCCCUUUUACCUUCAAAGAAUACUCACAAAACCUGAACAGUACUCUGAAAGUUGUUUAUAAGAAGGAAAGAAAAGCGAAGAGAAGAAUGAGAGGGAAUUGUUGUGCAUGGGAAACGAUAUUCUACGAGAAAAUCUAGAGUACACACGAGACACUUGGUACUUCCAUUGAAAUUUUCAUUCUAGUCUCGCGUUCCAAUUUUGAGGAUGUAUUGCGACUAAUUUUUUCGAGCUUCCGAGGUGAAUCGAGAGCAAAACGAGAGAGAGCAGCGAUUGAAUCGAUUGAGGUAGACGAAACUAUUCACGGGAAUAACACAGUACAAAGAUUGUAAUCAGUGAAAAGUUUCUGUAGGAUUAGCAAGCGACCUUGAAGUUAAUCCUGUUGGUUUACGUAAUCCCUUAACGAUCGCAACGACGCUUACCCUGCGUCGAAUGGUAGCUUUAUUAGCCGCGAGAAGGAUUAGUUGACCUAAGAUGUUAAUUGUGCAACGCUUUGAAGAUAUUAUCCCGACCCUAGCGACGAGCUUUCGUUGUUCCAUAUCGGACACAAUAGCAAAAUGAAAAGCGUUUUUGUACAUGAGACAUGCGUUCAAGGAUCGCAUCAGAUAUUCGAGGAACAUUUCAUAUAGAAUCUGUGUCGUCUUCCCCAUAACAGCA